AUGCACAUUGAAUCCGACCAAGAGGGCUAUAGGAGCUGCGUCAAUAACUCCACUUCCUGCCAGGCCUACAUAACGUACCAAGCUCUCCAAGAUGACACUCUCCAGCCAGUCGGCCUCUGCUUUCGAUUGAGCGUGGAGCAGCUUGCUGAGGCCUUGCAAAUUGCCCAAUAUCUAUCAGUAGCUCUAGACCUGUUCACCAGCAUGGACUGUGAACUAAGCUCUGUCACCUACAUUGUUGGACUCAAGGCAUGCAGAGGCUUGGCAAGCGAGAAAGAGUCAGACAAAGGACUCUACCUUGAGAAGGGAAUUACAAUUCAUAAAGGAGUGAAAGAGCAUGGGUUUAAGACCGACAUAGUUGUGGCAACCAACUUCCUAGAGAUGUAUAGCAACUGCAGCAGCAUGCAUCAUGCCAGGGAGGUCUUUGAAAGCAUGUUUUCCCAAGAUGCUGUGGCAUGGAACACUCUCAUACUGGGAUAUGUGGAGAAUGGGGACUAUGCAGUAGCUAUGGAUCUAUUCAGCAUCAUGGACUGUGAGCCAAACUGUGUGACUUAUUUGGCUGCUCUCAAGGCAUGUGGAGGCUUGGCCAGCGAACCAGAGUCAGAGAAGCAACAUCAUCUUCAGAAAGGUAUAGGCAUUCACAAAAAGCUCCAAGAAGGGGGAUUUGGAUCUGAUAUAGUUGUGGCGAUCACCUUAGUCGAUAUGUAUGGCGAAUGUGGUAGCAUGCAGAACGCUAGGGAUGUGUUUGAUAGAAUGAUCCAGUGCAAUGCUGUUACUUGGACCUCCCUCAUCCUUGGAUACGUUGGGAACGGCCAGUGCUCAGAAGCCAUGGAUUUAUUUGCUAGGAUGGACUGUGAGUGA